UGAUGAGCCACAUGAACAAGGAUGCAGAGCGCCUACGGCAUGAAGGCCUAAUCCUCCAUCUCAGCAAAAACAACCUUUUCGCAGUUAUAUUUCUCAGAAUAUCGGUAAAUCUAUACCCCUUGCUGCGUUUUCGACAUGUCUUCCAGAGUCAUUCUUGCCGGAGAUGCUCCCUACGAUAUGGUGCUCUAUCCACAGAAAUCAACACCCGGACAACGCAAUCUUCAAAUCGACAAGCCGAGGCAGCGCAUGGAGCGGUUAUGGGGAGGGAUACAAUUGAUUUCAGACCUUUUACGAGUAGUGCAGCCUCAAUUGGAAAUAUGUUGUCCUUCCGUUAAGCAGCAUGUUAUGGGGUCUACGACAGAUUCUUCCGCUCGGCAUCUCCUUCAGUUGAGUAUCUAUGACAGUCGUUUGCACUCUAGGAGUACAUCGUCGGUCUCGUAUAGUGUGGAGAAUAUCACCACACUGGAGAGAGAAGGGGGGUGGCACUCGCCUACGGACACCAACAAUACAUCUGGAACUACAGUGUUGGUACUGGAGGAUAUAGAAGACGGUGUUAUUGACAAUGAUGAUGCGAUCGACUUUUUUCUGCGAGCUCAACCCGAUUUCGUCGUCUACCACAUGACCAGUCCACUAGGCGCAGGGAAGCUUUGGGACGUGGCUCGCCUCGGGCCUGUUAGGCGCGAUACCAGAAAGAAAGAUCCAACUAAACUUGCUGUGGUCAUCUCUGCUGAUGACCUGCGUGCUGAAGGUGUCGAGUUGUCCAAGGGCUUAUCUUGGGAAAGGACUUGCGAGGAUUUUGUGUUGAAUAUGAACCCCAACGGCAAGCUAGCCACCCUUGCGACUUGUGCCCAUCUUGUCGUUCUCUUUGGGUGCGACGGAGCGAUCUAUCGCCAGGGGGGAGGGGACCAUAAGCAAACCUUGGUCUUUGAUCCAUCCCGAACUGAGGAAGAUUAUAUCAGAGGGAGGUGGGUGCCAGGCAUUACGGAGGCGUUUAUUGCAGGGAUGACAUCCCAUUUGGCUCAACAGCCACACCCGGGACUGGACGGAAGCAUGAUCCCAGGCCUUCAAGCUGCUAGACUUUUGGUGGCCGAAGGGAUCCAUAGCCAAAGCACAAAGGCAUGUCCUAUUCAUCCGGUUCAGUUGGUGAUGGAGGAUAUUGGACCCAAAGGCCUCCUGUCCAUCACGAUUCCGUCAGAAGACAUCUACGGUGGGACUAAUCCAGACUGGAGUAUAUUACAUAGCCUCCCAGAAAGCGACGCAUUUGAAAUUGCUCGUGACAUUGUACGGGAAGGGCCGUCUGCUGGUCUCCGUCAAGUACCCUUGGCGACGUUCAACAACCUUUUUGUUUAUGAUCGAAGAGAAAUGGAGGACUUUCGAUCAAUCCAUAAAAUAAUCGAGUCCUACAUCACCAAAGAAUCUACACGCCCACUCAAUAUCGCGCUUUUUGGCCCAGGUAGAUGUGGCAAGAGUUCGUCGGCAAUGGAAGUCGCGGUCACAGCAUCUCGUCCUCAUAAAAUUAGGCGUUUGCACUUCAACCUGGGCGAAUUUGAACAACCUAAUGUCUUGGUAAACGCAUUCAAUUCUAUCUGCAAUUCAACACUUGAGGGAUAUUUGACGAUUGCGUGUUUUGAAGGGUUCGACAACGACUUAUUAGAUAAACCUCUUGGCUGGCUUGCCCAUAUGUCGUCUUGUAUGUCUUCUGGCACUUUUCUCGACGUAGGCCGCAGCCCAAAGCAUAUAGGCCGGGCCAUAUUCUUUCUUGAAUCAAGUCAUGCGGCGACAUUCGAUGAGUUUGAAAGGCGAUUGCAAUCCCUGGCGAUAUCCGGAAAGCCGACGGCGAACUAUACAAAAUUCAUUGCUUGUAUUCAUGGUACGGUGAAUAUACGCGGGCCGGGACAAUGUGAUGCGUUUGACACUGUGUUUCCAGUACGACGAGCUGUGAUUUUGCGAAACAUGCUGGAUGAGUUAGCGUCGUGCCAAACAUAUGGUCACCACUUCCCCAUCGAGGACAACGUUCUUAACGGAUUACUUCUAGUUCCGCUGCGCAAUGGGGUGAAAUCUUUACGCUCCUUCUUGAAGAUGUGUAAAUUCGAUGAAAGGCCAACCUUUGAUCGGAUGGCUCUCCCUCCGCCGUCGCAAAUCAGGCUGCACAUGGAUUACGAUGAGUUUAAAGAAUGCAUGGAUUCCCGGAGAUGCCAGGUAACCUGAACUACUCUAGAAAACAGUAUUUGGCAUUUUUCUUUUUCUUCUAAAGUCGAAACGUAUGACGCAUUAGUAGCGAAUGGAGUCCCGUGGUUGAAU